CCUACCUGUUUCCUACCACUCAGUGGACUAGUCUAAUUAGCUGCAACCCAACCGCCGACCUAUAAACUCACGCUCCAAGCUGCACGAUGACGAUGAGGGAGGGGUAGAGGGGCAACCCGCAUACAGCUCAACCCUCUUCCAACACCCUAGAUAGACAUCUCAUCCCAUCCCACCCUACCACAAAUUACCCCAUCUCACGUCAAACAUCAACUUCAUCCCCAUUCCACACACCCGACCAAACACCUCUCUUAUCCAACUCACUCCCCAACCCAAACCACCGGAGAACAAAAGAGAAUCGAAAUGCCCUUUCAAAUCCUCCUCCUCGCGCACCGCAAACCCACCCUGAGUCCCACAACCUUCCACACAUACUACGAAUCCCACAUCGAACUCCUAAAGCGCGUCACAGGAAGCGAUUUCCCUCUCUCCCAUCGCCGAAGCUACAUCGCUCGCACUACAACCACCACCAACACCCCACCCUCUCCAACCUCUGUAGAAGAAGCAUCCCACCCCGCAACACUCCUCCUCGGCCAACAGAGCAAUUUCCCCUUCGAUGCCAUCGCAGAACUCACAUUCGAGGAUAGGGCUGCGUUUGAGCGUUUCACGGCGAAGAUACAAGAACCUGAGAAUAAGAGGUUGAUUGAGGAGGAUGAGGAGAGGUGGUCGGAUGGGGGAGGUUGGGGAUUGUGGUUUUGGGGGAGGUGGUUGUUACGGAACGAUAAUUACGGCCGUUGAUUUGAGACGGGAGACGGAAUGGUGUGGGGGUGGCUUUGGCCUGGAUUUGUAAGUUUUGAUGGGGUUCAAAAUUAGUUGUUUCUUGGUAUCUGUUGUGACACUGCAAAAUCUGUAAAGUUGUUAAAAUGAUUAGUGAAUGAGUAUGGCGCUGAUGUUAUACCUAUCGUGGAGUUGGGUAAGUGAAAGGUGGG